UGGCAGCGAGCGCACGUUUCGCGACUCGGGCGAAUUGUACUAAGACGAUCGCGAAAAAACUUUUCAGUGCAGUGUCGAACGAUCCUUGUAAGCACUCGAAUAUGAACAAGAUUCUCUCGUGCUGUGAAUUUAACUAAGUGAAAAGAGACUGAUCGGCGGCUGGAGUGUUCUGAAGAGGCUAAUUAAGAGCUAGGCUAAUUGGCGGGGCCGGCGUUUCAUGAAGUCCGAAAGGCGGACGCCGCAGCAGUCGAGCGGCGGCAGUCCAUCGCUGGGCAACCAGAUAUACGCCAUGGACGUGACGAAGGAAGCCCGCGCGUCGCCCCUGCCCACGGCGCAGUCGGGCAGCGGGGCUUCGGCUCAACCACCGCAGCCUCAGAUCUGUGCGGGAUGCAGUAAGGUGAUAACAGAGAGAUAUCUGCUGAAGGCUCUGGAUCAGCUGUGGCACGAGGAUUGCCUCAAAUGUGGAUGCUGCGACUGUAGGCUUGGGGAAGUCGGUCACACUCUUUACACUCGUGCCAACCUAAUUUUGUGCAAACGGGAUUAUUUAAGGCUAUUCGGCAACACGGGUUAUUGUGCUGCGUGCAAUAAAGUGAUCCCUGCUUUCGAGAUGGUGAUGCGUGCGCGCAGCAAUGUCUAUCAUCUGGAAUGCUUUGCUUGUCAACAAUGCAAUCACAGAUUUUGCGUGGGUGACAGAUUCUACCUCUGCGAGAAUAAAAUCCUUUGCGAAUACGACUAUGAAGAGAGGUUAGUGUUCGCAAACAUGGCCUAUAACCCGCCGCCGCUGGCGCAUCUCAAGCGACAGACUACACACUUGCCUCCACCACCGACAAGCAGUGCAAUGAGUGGACUGAUGAACGGGUCCAGUCGUUCUGGUGAUCUUAACAACAACAUGUCGGGGUCGUCUCCGGCCCCCUUCGCUGCUCCCCCGCACCUCAAGCCCCUGGGGCUCUCUGCGUCCAGCUGAGAUUAUCGAGUGUGAGGCUUACCCAUGUAUGCCAAGUAUCAACCGUAAUUCUGCACUUCACUUCGGAAGCUGCAGUGCAUACUAAAUAAACUCUUGUGCCGUAAAGUCUGUGUAGUGACAUACUCGCGUUUUACGCACUUAUCGAAACUUUCGUGUUAUAGAACAAAGAGCAAAAUGCCAAAACUUAUAUUCAUUUUUAAUUCGCCAAUAUAUUAUAUUAGAUAGAUUAUUGGUUAUAUUGAAAUGUAUUUAGUCUGUUUGUUAAGGUGAUCUCAUAAGGCAAUUGUAUUAGAAUAAAAUAAAUGUUACAUGUAAAGUGUAGAUGAACAGCGGGUGAAAGACUAUGUUACUUAUUAAAACUAUAUGUGUAAAUUUUCUACUAAAGUAAUCCAUACAAUUUGUAAUUAAUAAGGCAGUUAAGCUUGGGUUUUCGUAAAUAGGGUGCCCUUAUACCUCAAUGUUAAUAUUCUAUAGACCGCAUUAUAGGGUCAAAUCAUACCAUCAAAUCAUUGUUUACUAAAUCACUAACUUAUAGUGCAAAGACACAGUUACGAUGGCACAAUUUAGAAAACCUUAGCUUUAUAUAUUAUACAUUUUAUUCUCUGCUGUUUUUAAAGUAUCAGGAUUGUGAACAUCAGUUUCAACUUUCCCCAGGAUAGAGAAAAAUCCUAGUAUUGAAGGAAUUUUCAUUUUUUUGCGCUAAGACCGCCAUAAAUACGAAUAGUUUUCCCUAUACUAAUGCCAUCAACAUGAAUUUGUUAUUUUUGUUUAUAUUUUUUUUAUUUUUGGCCUGGCCAUAUAAUAAAAUUUAUUUUAUGCCUUACCCGCUAGCAACAUUGUUAUUUUUUGUAAUUAUAAUUGUAUAAUAACUGUUAAGUUUACUAAACAUUGUUAUAAUGUUUGUAUUAUUUAUGUAAAUAAUAUUCCUAUGCUAAGUAGAUUAUUGUAAUUUAUAAUAAUGAAUUGGUGUAUAAUAUGUAAUAUUAAAUCAUAGAAAAAUGGUACAUGUUGAUAAAAUUUAAAAUUCAUAAUUAUUCUAAAUAGUUCAAAUUAGUUACUUAGCGAUAUUUCCGCAUUUAAUUAGGUGAAUAUAAUGCAUUCCCAAUUAAAUAAGAGAUGUUACUAUCUUGUGUGAAUACACAUUGUGUAUAUGAACAUGUCAGGCUCCUAACCAAUGAUAUGACCAAAGACGUAGAUGAAUAAAAAUUUUGUUCAAACUA